AUGAAGCCUACCUCUAUCAUUAUCAACACUCUACUGUUGAUUGCACCUAUGGUAUCCGCAGCACCCACCGGCUCUUCCAAGCAGGAGAAAAAGAACAAGGAAUCCGAGCGAUCAAUCAAGUAUAUCCUGAACUGUUCUACGGAAGCCUACACCUACUUCUGCGGACACCACGGCACAACCUGCUGGGGUGGAGAUGUCAUGGGCAGCCCGCCGUGUAUGGAUGCAUGUCGUUGUUAUCCCCUGAAUGAGUGCAAUCUUUCUGAUUGUGGCACCCCAUACUCUGGACACCUUGACGAGGAGGCACAUGCCGAGGGUAGUGAUGGCAAUGAUGUUGCCUCCACUUCUUCAUCCGCUUCUGAUGCUAGCCCGAGCGGCUCUUCGGUGCCUGCUGUCUAA